GUGCACCCCUCUUGGGCUCCGUUGACCCGGUCCGAGGCCUGAUGACAGGCAACAACAUGGGCUUGCCCUUCUCCCAUGCGCUAGCUAAAAAUAUGGCAAUGACAUUUGGUACCAUGCCUUGGUUUACGCCUCAUCACGGUAACGCUUCGCAUGUGAGUGGACAGAGUAGGGCCAACGAGAUCCGACCACACGGCCA